GCAUUGAAUCAUCCAGUCGAAAUAGCCAUUAGAUGCGCAUCACAAAAAAAAACGUUUAUUAAAACUUUCAGCUGUUUUUUUUGAUCAUUUGUUUCAUCACUUUCAAAGCGCCAAAAACCUAAAAUGAUUUGUUACGAAGUUUUACCUUGGUUAACAACAGCAAUAGCUGUUUGCUAUGGCAUUUAUUUAACAUACAAAACCAGCUCCUGUUGUGAUCGCAAAGAUAAAGUCAAUCGACAGAUUGAUCUGGACAACUCUAAAGUGGUUCAUAGUUUCGAUAUCGAAGAUCUAGACGAGAAAGCUGUUUUCUGUCGUUGCUGGAAAUCCACAAAGUUCCCGUAUUGUGAUGGUAGCCAUAACAAACACAAUGAAUCGACUGGAGAUAAUGUGGGCCCUUUGAUUAUCCAAAAAAAAUAAAACUUAAAAGUAAAGAGAGAUUACUAAGAAAAAAAUGAUAACAAAAAAAGACUUUAUUCAGCAAAAAAAAAAAAU